GAUUCAGAGGAUAUUCUGCUUAACUCCAUUGGCUUCUUCCUUGUGUUUUUCCCGGUACCAUAGCUGCUUCUCUAAGAUAAAGAACAGGGUAAUGACUUUGCAAUUACAGUGAACCAGAUUGAUCAAGAGGAUAGCCUGAAUUGAUAUCUUAAAUCCUAAUUUGCAGGUUGCAAAAAUACAGAAAAAUAGUUCACAAGAUGAACAUCCUCCGCUCUUUUUGGAACAGUCCCACUGGUCUAAAAACAACUCAUUUUUGGGGUCCUGCCUUCAAUUGGAGCCUUCCUUUUGCGGCAGCAAUGGACACAAAGAAACCACCGGAAACAAUAUCUGUCAAUAUGACCGGAGUUAUGUGUGUUUAUUCGGCAUCGUUCAUGAGGUUUGCUUGGGUGGUGCGACCGCGUAACCUACAUCUUCUUGCAUGCCAUGUCACCAAUGAGACUAUGCAACUAUAUCAACUCUCAAGGUGGUUCAGAGCUCAAAGUUUUUUGAAAUUGCCAGAUUGGGGUGAGUUUCAAUAGCAGUGAUUUUCAAUUGAGAAUUGUUUUGCGGUAUUGUUUUAAAAUCGAUCGCUACAGUGCGCGAAUUAUUUGCGUCAGUUCAAUUGUUAUUCAAUUCAAUUGCUAUCCGCAAAAAAUACAAUAGUUUUUGCUUAAUUGUAUUUACGGAAUUCAAUAUUUCUUGAUUGUAUUUCAACUCCAACAACCAGUAUAUAUUAAUAU